CUCUUCCUCCUGUGCCACCGCCGCUACCGCCGCCGCCGCCGCUGCCCGGAGGGGAGGGGGGGGUCGUGUUCUGCUGGCAGAACCAAGUGGCCCCUGGCGUGCACGGCCGGAGGGCUGCUUCUCUAUCACUUUCUGUGUGGGUCCUUAGGAAGGAUUCUUUUUUGCCUGGAGUCCUGGUUCCUGUUUCUUGAGUAGCGGUCUUGGCUGUUGAAUCUUGGGGACACAGCCUUGUCUGUCUUGCCCCCACCCACCUCCUCUGCAGCACCUCCAUCGAAGGACGAAGAUGCAGACCUUUUUGAAGGGGAAAAGAGUUGGUUACUGGCUGAGUGAGAAGAAGAUGAAGAAGCUCAAUUUCCAGGCCUUUGCCGACCUGUGCAGGAAAAGGGGCAUAGAAGUUGUGCAGGAACUUGGCAGUGAACACCAGGACCAGUCAUCAGUGCUACAGAAACAAACUAUUGGAUCUAGUAUGCCCAUGGAGAGAUCAAGUAGAUUCUAGAUGAGAAUACAGAUAAAUAUGAUGCAGAUUAAAAGGCUCCUGGGGAGAAGAACUUCAUUUAUGCAAGCAGACCUACUUAGAGGCAUCUAGAUGACACAUUGGAUUGAGUGUUCACAGGCUCAACCUUAGCAGACCAAUUGAGGAGCAGGGUCCACUAGAUGUGAUCAUCCACAAAUUGACGGAUGUCAUCUUGGAAGCCGAUCAAAAUGACAGCCAGUCAUUGGAGUUGGUUCACAGAUUCCAGGAAUAUAUUGAUGCUCACCCUGAAACCAUCAUUCUGGAUCCGCUCCCUGCCAUUAGGACCCUUCUAGAUCGAUCCAAGUCUUACGAACUUAUUCGGAAGAUUGAAGCCUACAUGAAAGAUGAAAGGAUCUGUUCCCCACCCUUCAUGGAGCUCACAAACUUUUGUGGAGAAGAUACCUUGCAGCUUCUAGAGAAGAAUGGACUGUCCUUCCCAUUCAUUUGCAAAACCAGAGUAGCCCAUGGCACCAACUCUCAUGAGAUGGCCAUCAUCUUCAACAAGGAAGGCCUCAGUGCCAUCAAGCCCCCUUGUGUGAUUCAGAACUUCAUCAAUCACAAUGCUGUCCUGUACAAGGUGUUUGUGGUGGGCGAAUCCUACACUGUAGUACAGAGACCAUCUUUGAAGAACUUUUCUGCAGGAAUGUCAGACAGAGAAUCAAUAUUCUUCAACAGCCACAAUGUGUCAAAACCAGAGUCAUCUUCCAUCCUGACAGCACUGGACAAAAUAGAAGGAGUCUUUGAGAAGCCCUCUGAUGAUGUCAUAAGGGAAAUUUCCAAGGCCCUUCGACAAGCACUUGGUGUGUCGCUGUUUGGGAUUGACAUCAUCAUCAACAACCAGACUGGACAGCAUGCAGUUAUUGAUGUCAACGCAUUCCCAGGCUAUGAGGGUGUGACUGAGUUCUUCACUGACCUCUUGAACCACAUAGCCACUGUCCUGCAAGGCCAGAACCUGGAGGUGACCCCACUCAAUCACAACAAGUUCCUGGCUGACCCAUCUGGUGGCCUAGCGGGUGAGCGGACACGUGGCACCAGUACUGGGUGCUGCAGCAGCAUGAUGGGCAAAGACUCCUGGAUCGUAGAGAGUGAAACCAACAGCUCAGUGAAACUGCAGCACCAGAGACUAGGGUGCAAUACUGCUGUGAGCCCCAGCUUCCAACAGCACUGUGUGGCAACUAUGGCCACCAAAGCAUCCUCCCAGUAGCUGACUGGUGGUACCAUGGACCAGGGCGCAAGCAAUGGGCCCAUCUAGAAUCACGAUAAUGAAGUGAGCAGCUUAGAAGAGUUCCACAUACUACUAAAAAUUUCCAUUGAUUAUUUUUUUAACAUGAUUUCCUGAUGCAGCAAUUAAAAGGAGGAAAAAACCCACAGUGAUCACAGCAAGAGAAAAUUGGAUAUUUCAACCAAUUCCAUUUGCAAAUUUUUUAACAAGUUUACACAUACUUGUAUUCUCAACACUAGACCUUAAUGUGUGGGAUUGUUGGUUUUUUUGCUUUUGGUGAUUUAUUUUUGGUUUCGCGCGCGAGUGUGUGUGUCUGUGUGUGUAUGUGUCUCUGUGUGGUAUACAUGCGGUUAUUUCCCCUUUAUAAACUAUAAUUGACCAUGAUAGGCCAGCCUGUGUUGUUUUUAACAAAUUAUUUCACCUAUCUAGGCCUUAGUUUCCUUAUCUAUAAAUUGAUGGGUUUGGUCUCAAUCUCAAUCCCUCUAGUUCUAAAUCUUUGGAUCCUGUGUCUUAAGCCCAGACAUCCUGGAAUCAGAGAGGCCAGAAAUCAGAGAAAACUGAAAUUGUGUGUGAAUCAAGGUUUGAGUUGUUAUGAAUGGUUUCUUCUUUUUUGAAUUCACCAUCUGCACUUUUAGUUACCAGUCCCCUCUUCCACCUUCAGUCUCCAUUUUACUCUUCUACACAAUUCCAAUAGGAAAAUGAUCUGUGUAGUAUGCUCCAAAGCCACCUCUACUAGACAGGAGAUGAAUAGGUUGCAUUUGCCCUCCUUACUCUGCCCUAACUCAUAGAGAGAUGACCCAAAAUGACCACUAGAGGUUCUAUGUUGUAUAGAUUUCUAGAGGAGAUACCUCUCUGAGUAGCCUCCUUCAGGAAAGAAAUAGAAAAGCAUAAGAAAUCUUCCCAACUUUUCUUUGGAAUAGCCUCUAAAAUGGAUGACUCUAAUGCCAAUUGAAAGUCUCUCUGGCUUUCUUCAGAGACAUCCUUUUCACACCCAGCCAGGCCCAUCACUUGGCAAUUUUAUAGAUUACUGCAGAUUUGAGAAGACCUGGGUUCUAGUUCCAGUUAUUCUUGUACUUUCUGUGUGACCUUUUGAAAGUCACUUUCUUUCUCUAGGGUUUAAUUUCCUUCUCUUUUGGACUUUGUUCUCUUUAAGAUUCUAUCCAGCCCUAAAAUGUUAUGAUUCUUUGAAGCAUUCCUAGCGCUUGAAUAAGUGAAGGGAAAUGGGGGAACCCCUAGACUUAGCAUAAUUGAGGGACAUAACUAUUCUCUUUUAGAUUUUUUUCCCCCACAGACCCUGAAAACAAAGCUAUAUACUAUUUGUUGGUGUCACCAAUCUUGAAAGGUGUGCAUUGUAAGCCAGAGCAGAGUCUGGUCAAUACUGUCCCAUCAAAAGAUUUUUGGUAGAAUUCAUGAAGUGUACAUUGUAACCCACAGCAUUUCAACCCAGCACCUGGCACUGUGUAAUUUUCAGCUGUUUUUGCAAAUCAUAAACACUAAGUUAACAGUCACAGGUUUGACUUGCAAGAAGGAGUUGAUUUUUUUUUUGUCCCCCUCUCUCUUCAACAUAAGGCCUAGGAAUAGCCCAAAAGAAAAAACAAAACUAACACCACACUGUAAAUCUCUUGUUUCCCAGACUGAUAGAUAACAGAUGAACAAAAUACCUAAAUUCUCUAAUCUGCUCCUGACACUCUGCAACCUCCAAACAUUGGCCAGGCCAAGGAGAUAGAACAGAAGGUUGGAAUUGGGGUGGUGGAAGGUGAGGGGCACAAAGGAAGAAGAAGAGGAAGAAUCUGUUUUCUAAGUUUAUAGGCUAUAAAAAGUAAAGGCCUCGAAUAGGAAAAGUUUUGUGGACCAUUAAAGAUAUGCUGUGUGUUGGCAGGUGGGGUUUACUAGUCUAAACCCUUGUUGGGCCAUCCUUCCUCUGCCUCCAAGCUUAAGUGGGAAGGGGAAAGAAUCACAUUUUUUUCCAAACCUUCUCAAAGACUUGUAAUGACCUGUGGUAGGUAGAUAUUCUCCUCAUAAAACUUUUUGAUUAUUUUCUUUGUCAAAUCUAUUUUUUGAGUCAAAUAAGAAGAUAGAAAUGCUUUUUAGUAGAAAAAAAUAUUUGGAGCUUAUUCUGAUUCAUGUACAAAGAGGACAUCCUGGAGGAGAUUCUACCAUUGUAAGCUCUAUAUGGUACUGAGUUAAGGGAGGGAGGAGCAAAUGAGAAAAUAUGUAAAGCGCUUUGCAAACCUCUAAGCGCUAGAUAAAUGCUAGUUAAUGUUUUAGUUGUUAUUUCUUUUUUUGCCCCCUCUUGGAAAAAAUUCACAUGGAAAUGAUCAUUUCAAUUGGGAAGUGAUUGGGGGAGGGGGUGGGGGUGUUCGAUGGGUUGGGGGGGGGUGAGAAGAUGGACCUAAUUGAAAUUGUCAGGCUUUCUAGGAACUUGAGAACUCUCCAGCUAACCAUGUUUACAUGACUUCUGAGUGUUAGAUCCAGUUUAAAUGUCUGUAUGCUAUUUCUUAGCUCUACUUUGAAUCAGAGUGGAUUAAUCUGCCUUGCCUUGGAAAGUUUGGUUAGCCGAUUUUGCACUGCCUUGUUUUUCCAAAAUAAACUACUGAAAUGUAAUUGUAUUUUAUACUUGUUUACAGACAGUUGCUAAAAUUUUAUUAUGUAAUUCUCUAAGAUCUUUUUUAAAGUUUUUUUUGUUUUGUUUUUAAUAGCUUUACCUUUUAAAAAUAAAAUCCCAAUCCUAUACUCUUAAUAGAAAA